AUGCAUUCAUUCAGGGCUGCCUCCAACGAGUGCUGCCUCUCAGUGCCGGUCAGGUGUGACUUUCAGAGUUCUUUUGCUUUUGCCAGGCAUCCUGUUGGCCAGGUCCAGAGUCCCUCGUGUGUCAGAGUCCCCGGCGGGACUCUGCCGUGCUCUGCACCCAGGCGAGGCUGCUGCUGCUCCUCUGCGAGGGCGUUGUGCCUGAGCAGCGGCCCCGCCGGGCCCGGGCCGCCGUCCCUCCGCCGCGGGAGGGUCCCGGCCGCCCUGGCCGCGGAGCGGCUGCUGGAGGCGCGGGCGGCGGGGCCGUGGCUGUGCGUGGACCUCGGCGUGGGCGGCGGCAUGAGCGAGAAGGAGAGCGGCCGCCUGGCCUCGCAGAUCCGGAGGCUCUACGGGGCGAACCGCCGCGCCGCUCGGCCCUUCUGGCUGUGCCUGACCGAGUUCGCGGCGGGGACAGCGAUCUACGAGCAGUGCUUCCGCAUGAACGACGGCUUCGCGGGGUACCUGAUCGAUACAACCCCAGAGAGUUACCUGGACCUGUUUCCUUUGGAGGCCAUUGUUUAUCUCACUCCUGACUCUGAGAAUGUGCUGGAAGACGUCGAUCCCAGCAAGGUGUACGUGCUGGGAGGGCUGGUGGAUGAGAGCAUCCACAAGCAGCUGACCCUGCGGAGGGCGCGGGAGCAGCGCCUGCACACAGCCCGGCUGCCCAUCCGGGAGUACAUGGUGAGAGCCCCCAACGCCAGGAACUACCACUCCGAGACGCUGGCCAUCAACCAGGUCUUUGACGUCCUGUCCACCUACUACGAGACACGGAGCUGGCCAGCAGCCCUGAGGGCUGGAGUUUCUUCUGGAAAAGGCUACGUGCUGCGGGACACAGCGGAUCAGGUGGAAACAGCCCAGAGCACCACUGCUGCCCAAGGAAACUCUUUAUUUCGUGCUGAGGAGCCGCACAGGCAGGAAGCAGCAGCAUGACUGUGCACAGGAGACAGCUGUUUCCAGCAGAGUGAGGACCUCGUUGGAGCAACACCUUCUACCUCAGGAAUGCGGUGCUGGACAUCGCCCGUGGCCCCCAGCAGGAAAGGAAAGCCUGGCGGAGCCUGGGAUCAAGUGAAAACUGACAGGAAUUCAGUUUUGCUUCUUUGCAGCUGUUUGUUUGUGACUCCUGCACCUAUGCUUGUUCUGAGGUGGGGAGGAGAGCUUUAGGGUGUGUUCUUCAUUUUAUUGAAACAGAGUAAGGUGAAGUUAGGAUUGCAAAGCUUUUGGGCAAGGGAAGCGCCCUGCCAGGGGACAGGAGAGUGCUGCUCCUGCAGGAGAUGGGCAGCAGCUCCCAAGGGCACUGUGUCCCAGCAGCUUAAACCCACCGAAGGCUUGGUGGGUUGUUGAAGCCUUUGGCUAGUUGUAUGCAUCUAAUAUAAAAUAAAAGGUUUAGAUCCCCA